GACACGACGGAACUUCCGGUCUAGAUAACACAACAAGAUCAAGAGUCAUGACAAAAUUCCACUUUAACUUCUCUCCAUUCAUUUUGUAAAAUAAAUUGGUUUUUAUUUUAAAUUCACUGAAACAAAGAUGCGCAACACACGUUAAGGAUUUAAAUGAGUCACACCUCCCGACCAAAUGAGUUAUAACGUAUACCUCCGAAUACAGAUUUUAUACACUUUUAUUGUGAAAGUCUCGGGCCGACAGUUUUUAUCACAAACGACCGUCGCAUCUCAGAGAGGUUCCGAAGGCAGCUGCUGCGAACAGAUGUUCGGUUUAAAGUUGGAGGGCAUUCAAAAAUGUCCUCCUUUGUGCUACAAGUGCAUUAUCGUGAUGCAGCUGCUUUUAAAAACCAUCAUAAGGAUUGCUCGGGAGUCUCAAUGACUGACAACUAAACCGCAGCCAUUUAUUGCUGGUAUAUUUCUUCUGAUCACAGUAGAUGCAGUCAUUUGCCCUGGAAACACUGUUUGCAUAUUCUUGCUUAUGAAGGUAACCAAACUGAAUGAUGAAUGAGUGAAGACUCUGCGAUCAAGUGUUUUAGUCGAAUCCCACAACAUCCAGGAUAACAGUGGAGGGAAAAGGCUGCAGAGGCAAAAUGAGUCUUACUGUUUGCUGCUUGAUGACACUGGCUGUCGUCUGUGUCACACAUAGCCUGGUGAUAACUGAUCAACUCCACAAGUCUAAAAGAUCUGAUCAAAAUGUACCUGGAAGCUGUGAGCCAGUAUCCCAACAGCCUCAGUUCAGGGGGAACUCCAACAAUUUCACAGUAGAUCUUCGAAUGCCAGGCGUUGUUCCCCCUCAUCCGGACACAUACUUCUGCAUGGCCUUUCCUGUACCAACAAACGAAGAGGUCUAUAUUUUGGACUUUACUCCUUAUGCCAGUAUGGACACAGUUCAUCACAUGGUACUGUUUGGCUGCCAGACUCCUGUCUCUACAAGUGGCUACUGGGAUUGUGGCAGUUCACAAGAUAUCUGUGAAGAUAAGUACUCUGUUAUAUAUGCCUGGGGUCUGAACGCACCACCAACCAAACUGCCAAAAGAUGUUGGGUUUAAAGUUGGAGCGCAGUCAAACGUUUCCUACUUUGUGCUACAAGCGCAUUACCCUGACGUAACUGCUUUUAAAGACCAUCAUAAGGAUUGCUCGGGAGUCUCAAUGACUCUGACAACUAAACCGCAGCCAUUUAUUGCUGGUAUAUAUCUUCUGAGGACAGUAGAUGCAGUCAUUCCCCCUGGAAACAUUGUUACAAAUAUGGAUUCUGCCUGUGAUUACACUUCAUACCCCAUGUACCCAUUUGCCUUUAGGAUCCACACCCACAGCCUCGGUAAAGUGGUGAGUGGCUACAGGGUCAGAGAUGGGAAGUGGACCUUGAUUGGGAGACAGUCCCCUCAGCUUCCACAGGCUUUUUAUCCAGUUAAUAAGGAUGUGGAAGUUAAAUAUGGUGACACACUUGCAGUCAGAUGUGUUUUUACUGGUGAAGGGAGAACCUCUAACACCUAUAUUGGGUAA